AUGAAGCUGGCUCUCCUUCUGCCCUGGGCGUGCUGCUGCCUCUGCGGGUCGGCGCUGGCUACCGGCUUCCUCUACCCCUUCCCGGCCGCAGCCCUGCAGCAGCACGGCUACCCCGAGCCGGGCGCCGGCUCCCCUGGCAGCGGCUACGGCGGCCGCCGGCACUGGUGCCAUCACACAGUAACACGGACGGUGUCCUGCCAGGUGCAGAACGGCUCGGAGACAGUGGUCCAGCGCGUGUACCAGAGCUGCCGGUGGCCCGGGCCCUGUGCCAACCUUGUGAGUUACAGGACUCUGAUCAGACCCACAUACAGAGUGUCCUACCGAACGGUGACGGCGCUGGAGUGGAGGUGCUGCCCUGGCUUUACUGGGAGCAACUGUGAUGAGGAAUGCAUGAACUGCACCCGGCUCAGCGACAUGAGUGAGCGACUGAUCAUGCUGGAGGCCAAGGUUCUCCUGCUGGAAGCAGCGGAGCGGCCCCCAAGCCGAGACAAUGACCUGCCAGCCCCCCAGAGCACCCCACCACCCUGGAAUGAGGACUUCCUCCCUGACGCUAUCCCUCUCGCCCACCCAGGGCCCCGAAGAAGGCCCACAGGCCCAGCUGGGCCCCCAGGACAGACAGGACCACCAGGGCCUGCGGGCCCCCCAGGCUCCAAAGGUGACCGGGGCCAGGCAGGAGAGAAAGGCCCAGCAGGGCCUCCUGGCCUCUUAGGGCCGCCAGGGCCCCGCGGGCUUCCUGGAGAGAUGGGGCGCCCCGGACCCCCUGGCCCCCCCGGCCCAGCAGGCAGCCCGGGCCUCUCUCCAAAUGGCCCCCAAGGCGUCCUGUACUCCCUGCAGCCACCUACCGACAAGGACAAUGGAGACUCACAGCUGGCUUCUGCCGCCGUGGACACGGUGCUGGCCGGUGUCCCAGGACCCCGGGGUCCCCCCGGCCCUCCAGGUCCCCCAGGACCACACGGUCCCCCAGGGCCCCCAGGUGCACCUGGAUCCCAGGGCCUGGCUGGAGAGCGGGGCAUGACGGGGCCGUCUGGCGAGCCGGGCAGGAAGGGGGAAGAGGAGGAGAAAGCUGCUGCGGAGGGCGAGGGGGUACAGCAGCUACGGGAGGCCUUGAAGAUCCUGGCAGAGAGAGUCCUCAUUCUGGAGCACAUGAUUGGGAUCCACGAUCCCCUGGCCUCCCCCGAGGGGGGCUCCGGCCAGGAUGCCGCCCUGAGAGCCAACCUCAAGAUGAAGCGUGGCGGCGCCCCGCCCGAUGGCUCCCUCGCUGCCCUGCUUGGCCCUUACCCUGUGCAGAAGAGCACAGGCCGGGCCAGCAGCGGAAAGUAAGGGCCCAACUCUCCAGGACAAACCCAGCCUACCAGAGACCCAGCCCUGAAGCCUGUGCCGCCACUGGAUCCUGAAGGCACCCCUGAUGGAACUGGGCUCCAGGCACGGACAAUCAUGAGGGACAUUGGCCCCUAGGGCUUGGGGGCCUUGGGGACAGAUGGUACCCCCAGUGGCAGGGUCCAGAGGGGCCCAGAACCCUUGGCAGAGCCCUGUUCUUGUUCCUGCCCUCCCGUUUCCCACCCCCUUCAGGAGACAGAGUGUGGGUGGGCCAGGCAGGGUUUGAGAAUAAUCAUAAUACUUAUCAUUUACUGAGUUCCUGUGAGGUUUGGGCCUGUCCAAGGGGCUCUCCCUACAUUGUCUCAUUUAACCCUUAGGAGGUAGGCUUGUCACCCCCACUUUACAUGGGGAACAGAGGCUUGGAGAGGAUCAAUAACCUGCAAAGCCACCAGACCAUGGAGGGCUGGGGCAGGAUUUGAACCCAGGCCUCUCAGUUCCUGAACUUUCUACCUGGCCAUCUUCCCCUCUUGACAAGAAACUCAGACAGCACGAGCACAGGGCUGUGGGGAGGCUGGACCAGAGAGGGGGAAGGAGGACAGGGCCCUGGCUCGGGGCCAGGGAGACCCUCCAUAAACCAUGACGUCACCAGGACCUGGGGGUUGAGAAAGGAGCGUUAGGGUGCCAGGGUCCUCAAACCAAAUUGCACAGCCCACAGCUGCCUCCCAGUCUCUCUGAGCCCCGCCCCCCCAGGGCCUCCCACCCCUGAGCCGGAGGAGGGAGGAUUUGAUGGAACAUGUGCCCUCAAGGGGAGUCACUGGCAGCCCCGCCCUCUCCCAGUCUCUAGGAUCUGUAGGGUUGGCCAUUUCUGCAUCACAUGACUAGUCUAACUUCCUCUUGAUGAAGUGGAGAAAGGAGGGCUGCCAGGGUCCCAGGCCCUGCAGGGGACAGGUGCGCCCACCCUCAGUGCGGUGGACCCAGGCAGCCUGGGUCCCUGGUGCCCCAGACAGAGCAGCUCAGACCAUAGCCCUCAAAGCCAUUCAAGGCCGCUCAGGCCAUGGGUCCCCUGUGACCCGCACACCCUGGUGCUCUUCUCUUGCUGGGCCAGGACCCACACUCAAGCAAGGGCAACUCCGAGAUUCAUAGGUGCUGGCACCACCCCGAGCACGGUCCCCUUGCAGCAGGACCCCAUCCGUGCCCGGCACUCUAGGUGCCCCUGGGAGGCCAUGGCCCGCUCCCCACCCUGGUAACCUCCUCUGCUCCCAAGGCUCUGGCUGCCCCUCUUGAGGCAGAGCUGUCCCUGGGACCAAGGUGCAGCCUCCCACAGGCCUGUCUUCGUGGGGGGUGGUCAGAGGUGG